AUGGGAUUAGGAAUCAACUUGAACUCACGUGUCACACACAUCAACGAGGAUUCCUGCGCACCAAAACAGAGUAUCCACUUGGAUCCAAAUGAAGAAAUCAAACUCAACGUUGGUGGAACAAUUUUUACAGCGAAAGUGCUUGACCUAUUGCGUAUACCAGGGACAUUUUUGGAAAGAAUGGUGGACAAAAUGUGGAAAGCGAAAAACUCCGAAACCGUUUUUAUCGAUAGGGAUCCCAGAUACUUUGGAUUGUUACUGGAAUUUCUAACAACGAACAAAAUAAACCUUCCUCGUUCCGAGGUUGAACUGGCUGCUAUUGUCCAGGAAGCUGAGUUCUUCCAGAUGGACGAGUUGAUAGCGAAAAUUAUACAUGAAGACCGUCGUUGUUUCGGCAAAGGACCUCCUUUCUUUCCCAAAGACAGGGUAGUAUGGAAAACUCGCAAUUUCUGGCGCACAUUAACCCAACAUGGUUGGAAUUUUGACGGUACUCGCAAAGCUAUUCCAUUGUGCUUCACAUAUUUCACUUUGUUUUCUCCAAAUGAAACAUGCUAUAUGUGUGGCGUUGAAACACAGAACCUACAUGGACUUUAUAAGUCGUUAUUUGAUUUUCCAAGAGAUUUCAGCUAUACUACUGGCGAAGUCGAGAAGAUCUACGGUGAUUGCUGUUGCUGUGACGUUCGCUUUGGAAAAUCCUCAUUUAUUUUCCACAUUCCGACAAAGAUGCUGCGCUUACUUGACUGA